CGCGCCUCUCUCCUCCCACCACCACAACCGCACACUCUCGUCCACCUUCUCUAUCUCCACUAUUACUUCCAUGCCCCAAAAGCCCGGUGUUCGCUCCUGGGGAACGCGUUUCGACACCCUUCCGUCCUCAGAACCCGCUUCCCCCCAAAGCCCCGGCCUCUCUCUCGACCAGAGUCAUGCGCAGGUCGUCAACCAGCACGUCAACAACGCGUUCGACGCUUCCGGGCACACAACUCAGGAGAAGCUGCCUCAUGAUGCCAGCGUCUUCGUAGGCAGUCUUCCCACCAACAUAGACCAGGUCCAGCUCUGCCGUCUUCUGACCGAGCAUCUCUCCCCGUACGCAGAGGUCAAGAUCAAGAUCGUUCGGGACUCCAAGGGUGGCUUCUGCGCUUUUGUUCAGUGCAAGAGCGCCGAGGCGGCUUCCAACCUAAUCACAACUCUCAAUUCUAGUGUCCCAGUACCUUUUUUGGGUCGUAUUCUGCGCUAUGAGCCUGCCCGGGCUUUCAGAACACUACUUAUUUCCUAUUGUAUCCCGACAGAGAGGCUCGUAACCGCAGACGGAAAGACGCAAGUUCGUGCGCUUGAACCGUGUUUUGCGAUGAGGCUUUGGAAGCCGAAGAACAGUUCCAGGCUGAGUAUCAUCUACAACAAGGAUGCAGUCGAUGUAGAAGAGUCUGCGGUUAAUUCGCGGGAACCCAUUGGCGAUUUGGGAUUGUUUCUCAAUCCCGUUGUUCUCGACGAGGCAUCGUUGGAACAAAUCUGCUCGUUUUUUGGUCCUUUAGAGUCUUUAACGGAGGUCGGAGUUGAGCGCCAGAUUCAAGGCGUAAAUGCGACCGCACCGGAGCACACUUCAUAUCCCAGCCCUCACAACGGACCACGAUUGCCUCAAAUGGACCAACGUUGCUUCGAAAUCAAGUGGAGACUCCGCGAUGAUUGCGUCAAUGCUCUCAUGAACUUGCGGCACGUACCUCACAUGAGAGUGACAUGGGCGCAUCAGCCUCCCACUUCCGCUGACGCUUAUAUUCACGGACUGCAGCCCAAUGGCCGUUUCCAACAGACCGCCUUUUCAUUCCAUCCGCACCUGAGUGCCUCUCACCUCCAUCAACGUUCUCAAACCCACACAUCGCCCGCAGCACAUCGCCCCCGUGACCUGUCAUUGAACAGCAAUGGGGAAGCAAACGCUCCCGUGGAUGGUUGGAACAAGAUCAGUGUGUCGGAGUCGGCCACUUCAUUCAACCAGUCCUCUGCGUUCGACAGCGAAGCCGGAAAUAGCACUUCUAGCUGGCCUGAGGGUGACUUCCCUCCUUUGGGAAAUACAGGUGCUAGCCGCAGAAGAGAUGGGGUCUGGGUCGAUAAAAAGAUGGAUGGGAUUGUCUCUUCUGUCAUCGCCGAAGAUGGCGACGCUGGGGCCCGUGACGUGAAUGGGCAAGAGAUUGAGGUUCCUGGAACUCCUGGCUUAGGCAUGUCCCCGACUACGCCGAAGACCGUCGGGUCGCAGUUUCCCACGACGCCGACCAGUACGAGCGGCGAACUUCAGGGCUCGUUCCCGACGUACGACCACAAAGGCAGAGACGGAUAUUUCGGUGCACCGGCAGAGCCCAAGGAGAUCGAUCCAACUACUUUGUUCAUUGGUGGACUGGAGAUGCAUGGUCCGGACUCAUGGGACGAGCGGAAGGUUCAGUCGUACUUCGGGAGAUUUCCAGGUCUUGUGGAUGUAAAGCUUGUCCGUCCGGCCAACGCUCGGGCGGCCUUUGCCUUUAUCAAGUUCGACAAUACAGACUCUCCUGCUCGAGCUGUGUUUGAGGAGCACAAUAGCGUCCAUGCGGGCAGGGCCAUGCGCGUCCAGCUCCGAGAUUGCAAUCCCCCGCGUGCCGUUGGGUGGAAAUACAACCCCAGCAAUCGUGGUCGCGGGGGAAAUCGGUUCGGUUCCCAGAACCAUCAUGUACAUCGUCGUUUUCAAGAUCGUCCCGAGCAAGCUCACGAGCUCGAUCUCUGUAAAGACAUGUCGCGGAUGUCUGUCCAGGAGCACCAGGGGUCCAUGGAGCCCGAUUUUGCGGAUGAAAAUGUCGACCAGACGCAGUCGUGCCCCGUCUCUCGUCAAGUUUCUCCCGCUCCUGCGGCCGAGACGCCCGAGUAUCGAGAGUGGUACGAUACGCCUGCCUCUGCUACAUUGACUCCACCUCCCUCCACUGCGCCUUCGUCGACGUCUGCUCCCAGCUCAAUUGCCGGUUAUCCAAUGCCGCCCGCUGGAUUCUAUCCUCCGCCCUGGGUCCACUCAUUCCCACCGCAGAUGCCAUACGGGGCGUCAUACUAUCCAGGGUUUUCACCGUAUAUGGUUCCGGCGCAUGCUCAUGGAACGGCGUAUACGAGUCCGGGUGGGUCGGAUGCCAGCGGUCCUGCAUCGAUCAGCCCCCAGCCAUGGCCAGCGAUGAACAUGUACGGCGGAUACAUUCCGUACCCAACCUACCCUGUUGUCCAGCCACCGGUAGAAAAAACGACCCCCAGUCCGGCGGCCGCAGCGACCGAAUACACCCAAAACGAACACGCGCCCGUCUAUUCACCGGAAGCAUAUAUGCAUGAUGGACCGCCUGGAUUUGUCCCUCCGACUUGGCCUCAUCCGAUGAUGGCUCAGCGGUACGGUCCGUGGAUGCAACCCAACGGCCAUCUCCCCCCAGCGCCGGCUCCUCCCCACAUUCAGGACACUGGUCGUCGCCAGACCGGGCGCAGGGACAACGUGCAGCCCAUUAUGAACGCCAGUCGCAGCGGUGCUGGGCGCGCCAUGAAUCGCCGCGGCGGGCUUCACAUGUCGGGGUUCCAUGGCCAACAGCGUGCGACGCACUUUACCGGGACCCAAGCAUUCUAAGUUAUCUUCUCAUUUCUGGAGCAACCACGCACACCCACAACACACAUCGCAUCCUUUCUCUAUUUAUGUCUGUUUUCAUUCUCAUUUUGCUUUCUUCCUGCUAUUUUUCUGCUAUUCACUUUGUUUUUGUCAUACACUACUCUAAACGUGUCCACAGUCAGUAUUCAAUAUUCAAUAUUCAAGUAGCGUACUUCGUGCCCAUGUACAAAGCCUGUUGUCAUGAGAUAGGAGUUUCAUAUACAUACAUCAGCUGACGUAAGGGUCAUAUAAGCGCCAUACCUCGGCUGCGCCUGACUCCUGCUUUCCCCACUCAUGCCGUUCUCAGUCAAGGCCACCUACGGCCGCAGUGGUGAACUGCGUAAACUAUCGUUCCCCACCUUCCCGACAUACGAUGAGCUGUACCAGCAGCUCUAUCGCGUCUUUCCCAUAAGCAACAGCUACUAUCUUUCCAAGAUUCUCUUCUCUCCGGACUCGUCCAAGGCGAGCAUUCUCAUUGGCCGAGAAGUGCGUGGUGCGGAGCAGUAUAAUUCAUGCACUGCCCCUUACAACACGGGCCUCUAUCCCAAUGCCAUGCUGCGGUUCACUGUCCACGACGAGACAUACCACAAGCCUCCCUUCGUUCCGGCUCCCCCCCCUCCGGCUUCUGUGUUCAAUCCUCUUCCCGCCAGGAUUCAGCCUGAGGACCUUUGGGCGUCGACAAGCAUCGUCCCCCCUCCCCCCGUUCUUCCCACCCACACAAGCACCAUAGACGUCGACAUGGACCGCAUUGGUCCGUUCAUCCCGUUCCCGGCACACAUGCAGCCCAAUUACCAUCAGCAUACGGAUGCUCCGCAGUCCGAAGCUGGAACAGGAUCAUCCUGCUGCGCCGUCAAGGAGGGCCAGGUACAAAUCGAGGGCAUAAUGGCGCAGUUCAAGGAAGACCUUUCCAAGAUUAUCGCUACUUCUUUCUCCCCUUCUCCGUCACCUGCGAUGCAGCAGCCACUCCCGCCAUCCUCGUUUUGUCUGUUCAAGUACUGCACGUCGUGCGCCAAAAUCUUCCAGGGCCCAUGGUUCAUCUGCGAAACAUGCAGCAUGGUCAAGUGCACCGGUUGCCAUGAGGCCUCGACUGGGUUCUGUACUGCAGUGAUGGGCCCGCACAAAAUGAAGAAGGACACCUGUGCUGCUUGCCCCGUUGAGACCCCAGUGGCCGCGAAUGCGCAGUUGCCGACUGGUCUAUGGAGUGAUCCGGUUUCGACCGGAUAUAAUCCGACUUAUCCGUUCGGACACUCCGUUCCGUCAGCCGUUCCUCCUCCAUUCGCAGGCGCCCCAGCUCCGGCCGCUCCACCUUCCUUGCCGGCUGUUCCCCCUCCUCCUGUCAUUCACAAUGGAGUGCUGUGCGAUAUGUGUGACAAGACCAUUGAAGGCGUGCGUCACAAGUGUAUGGAUUGCCCCAACUACGAUCUAUGCACCGCUUGCGUCACAUCUGGCUCCGCAGAGCGUCACAACCCGUUCCACGAGUUCAUUGAUAUCAAGGAGCCAGGCCGGGUUAUCGUGCAUACGGUGUAUACCGGCGAUGACCAGCGUGAGAGCUUCUUGCCCGACCCUCGUCGCCAGGACGAGCGCUCCGAGUCCACGGCCUCACCGGAACCAGAACCCGCUGUGCAUUACGCCACUUGCAACCUGUGCGACUCGAGGAUCCGCGGUGUCCGCUAUAAAUGCGCGGAUUGCCCCGACUUCGAUACUUGUUCAAGCUGUUUCAACAUCACCCACGAACAGCAUCCUAGCCAUGCGUUCGUCAAGUUGAGCAAUGCUUCGGACUAUGUUCGCCGCGGGAAUGCUAUCAAUCCUAUGCAUAAUGUUUCGUGCGAUGCCUGCAAGAAGAUCGUGUACGGUAUCCGCUACAAGUGCAUGCACCCUGACUGCCCUGAUUUCGAUCUGUGCGCGGACUGCGAGGCUUUCCCUAUUCCGGUUCACCCUGACAAUCAUCCUCUGCUGAAGAUGCGGUCUCCGAGUACGGUUGUUCCCACGGUCUAUAGAGUCGGGCAAACGACCCUCAUCGAGGAGCCUUUCUCGCGAGGAUACAUGGUCAAUCCUAACUCAUUCUUUGAUUCAGCUCCCAGCCCUAUCCCACCUCCGUCUCCGAUGUAUUUCAGAUCGACGCCGUCACCAGGACUGUCCUAUCUGACCCGGCCUUCGCCGACCGUGCCGUCCCCGGUGCCGAUGUUAAUGCCUGGUGGAUUGUAUGACGAGCAGCCCAUGUCUGCGUUCUCGCGCGUCCCACGUCGUAGUUUCUCUGCCGCGCCGGCUUCGCGCUUCUCCCACUCACCGUCUCCUCCGCCAUCUCCGGGUCGUCCGUGGGCAACACCAGGCAGCUGGCCCAGCACUCCUGAUCUGACAGAGGAGCUGGAACGUGACCGUGAACGGCUUGCUGCCAUUCAUUCUGUGACCGAGGCCCACCGCGCCCUGGAGCAGCGUAUCGAGCAGUCGCAGUUGCGCUGGGCUUCGCCGUCUGCACCUAUUCCGGUUCCGGUCGUCACUCCUGCCGCCGAAUCUCCGUUCCCCAGCUUCUGGCCUACAACGUCGACCGAUCUUCGCCAUCUGAUCCUGAAUGAGACCGAGUCUGUUCGCGAGCCAACGCUUGAGCGGACGUUGAACGCUUUCUCCCAUCUGUCUGUUCACGAAGAGGCUGAGUCGACGGGCCAGUCGUCUACCGUCAAGGCUCCGGCAUCACUUGCCGCUCUGCUCAACGGAUAUGAGAGUGAUGAAGCUGAGAAGGAUGUUCUUGCUCCAACUGUAAUGCCUCGAGAACCCACUCUGCGCGCCAACUAUGUGAUCGACGUGACUGUGCCGGAUGGCCAGAUCUUUCCCCCCGGUGCUGAGUUCAUCAAGUGCUGGCAGAUGACGAACAGUGGCGAGCAUGACUGGCCGGCAGAAACGGAACUGGUCUGGGUUGCUGGCGAUCGUCUUGCCCGGGAGCAAGACGGACCGUCGAAUGUAUCGAUCGGGCAAGUCAAGAUCGGGGCUCAGGUUGAGCUGUGGACCGGCGAGCUGAAGGCACCCGAAGUGCCUGGACGCUAUGUCAGUUACUGGCGGCUGAGAGAUGGGGAGGGUAAGUUGUUCGGUGACAGUAUCUGGAUCGACAUCAAUGUCAUUGAAGGCUCAAACGAAGCAUCCAUGAGCUCGUCGUCCGUGAUGGUGAUGCCCGGCGGCCCGCUGUCCCGAGUCGAGAUCGAAGAGUCCGCGGACGGGUCGUCUGAAGCGUCUUCUGUGUCGUCUGUCUCGCUGAUCAGCGUGAGCUCGGAAGAGGAGGAGUGGCUUUCCGUGCCGCCUUCUGAGGACCGUCCGUCCUACGAGGUGCUGUACGAGUCGAGCGACUCUGGACUCGAGUAAACAAGGAAGAGGGGGAGCACCGUAAUUCAAGGACGAUCUAUGCUUGCAUUGUAGUACUGAUCUGUGUAAACACGCCAUACGUGAAUUAAGCAUCCAUUCAAUGUGGAAUUGCCUUGCUUGUCAAGGCAUCUCCACCACCAUAAUUCGC